AUGUCAACACCAACGCACAGUUCCCACCCUGCAUCAACCACCCCACAAUCACCAGCCCCGUCCUCGCCACCACGCCCUCCCUACAAAAACCUCGAGCGCCUCCUCCUCUCUCUCAUCAGCCUCGCCCGCGCCCUCCACCUCGCCACAUGUCCUCGCGACCUCGUCUUCCAGUAUCUCAGCCUCCACUCGCGCACCAACGCCUUCUUCACCGCGCACCAGCACCACGACUUCGUCGCCGACGCUACCUAUGGCUACUACCUCGAGAUGUGCGUUCUGCUUAGACUAGUGGAGAGUAUGCUGGGUCAAGGGCAUAGGGAGCUUGUUAGGUUGCGGGAUGAGGGCUUGGAGGAGGAUAGGAGAGCGCUGGAGAGGAGGGUUGCUUGGGAUGUGGAGUUUUGCGUUUUUCGGGGCGCGGAGAUCGAUGUUGGGAGGUUGCCUUGGAAUUUGGGAAGGAAGGGUGGCGAGGGAGGAGGUUUGGUUGAGGGAUAG